AUGUAUUUCUUCAAAUGUACCGUGUCGUGGCUAUCGCUGGCAAGCAUUGCCCUCUCGAUUCCACUUGUGUCUAAACAGCAACAAUGCGGGCUCCACAACAUCGCUAUUCGACGGGAAUGGGGCGAGAUGUUACCCGCAGAGCGAAUUGGGUAUACCAACGCCGUCCUAUGUCUCAUGCAUGCACCGCCUCGGCUUCCAACUGCAAAGUAUCCUGGCGUGCGAAACCGAUUGGAUGAUUUUAUCGCAACCCAUAUCAACUAUACCCUCAACAGUCACUACAGUGGGUUGUUUUUACCGUGGCAUCGGCAGUUCCUCUGGUUAUUUGAGAGAGCUCUUCGGGAUGAGUGCGAGUACAAGGGGUAUCUUGCCUACUGGAACUGGCCACUUUGGUCAAGUAACCUCCACGAAAGUCCCCUCUUCGACGGCACUGAGACCUCUCUUUCCGGCGAUGGUAUAUAUAAUCCGAGUGAGCAAAGUUUAUCAAGUGGCGCUGUGGCUAUAAUCCGCGGUUCCGGCGGAGGCUGUGUCCGGCGCGGACCAUUCAAGGACAUCACCAUCCAUCUUGGACCCUUCCCGCACACUCUCUCCUCUUCAAUAGAUAUCCCCGAUCCGGGGUUCGAUUAUAAUCCCCGCUGUCUAAAUCGGAGCCUCAAUAACUUUGUUUCUUCGCAUUUCACCAGCCAGACACAAGUCACUCGCCUCUUAUCUUCGACGAAUAUCGCGGACUUUCAAAUAGUCAUGGAUCAUUGGCCUGCCGCACCAGAGGGGGUUUUGGGGCUUCAUGGUGGAGGCCAUUUCAGUAUUGGAUCUACGAUGCAGGAUUUAUUUUCUUCGCCGCAGGAUCCAGCAUUUAUGCUUCAUCAUGCCAUGAUUGAUCGGUUGUGGGCAAUUUGGCAGGCGGCGGAUGAAAGCAAGAGGCGGUUUGCAGUCAAUGGGACGAAUCGGAUUUUGAAUCCACCGUGGGCAGACCUUGUUACUUUGGAUAUGGAGAUGGAGUUUGGGGUUCUGGAUAGGAAUCGGUGCGUUGGUGAGGUCAUGAGUCCGGUGAAGGAAGGGUUGUGUUACACCUACACUUGA